UACACGCGCUGAUGCAGGCAUUAUCAUCUUACUGAGGUCGAGAAGACGAACCUUUGUAACUACUUUUCCACAGACGGUCAGUGGAGGCGAAGGACGCCCAACGAAUCCUCCUCUUAGCACUGGCUAAGUGUGAAACAGAUGAUCAGUGGAGAGGACGGGAUGUCGUACGAGUUUCGCGUGCAGUUCGUGGACGAUGUGGAUCCGUUCAACGUGCUGGCGAGCCUCAAGCACGCCGAGCCGACUGUGCCGAAAAAGUACAAGUUUGCCGGCGCGGUUCCUCUGUGCGACCAGAUACCUGGUCUGAAGAAACACCUGCGGGCGCCGCACAAGAUUGAAGAAAUAGCGCUGGUGUAUCACAGACCGGACGACAACGAACAGAAGUACCUCGACCUCGAUGGAGACAUGGAGGAGCUAAUGGUGGACUACAACCUCGUCUGUGACAGAUCGAGUGUGAUAAUAUUGAGGACCAAGUUGUCAGUCAGAGUCCACACUGUAAUUGAAACCCUGCUGAGUGCAACUGGGACACAGCUGAGACAAGCACUCUUUGCUCUCAAAAGGAUAUUCCAAAACGACGCAGACCUGGUCCUGGAGUUUGUGUUCAACCAGGGAUUGAACGCUCUGGUCCAGGUCGGGCAGGACAGCGACCAGACCUACCAACAGUACAUUCUCAAGGCUCUCGGAGAACUGGUGCUGUACGUUGAUGGAAUGCACGGACUCAUCCAGUGUAAUGACAUCGUCCAGUGGCUGUAUGAGCUCACCAGGUCCAAGUACCGAGCGGUGGUGAAGGCGACGCUGGAUCUACUGAUUGUGUUUGUUGACUAUUCGGAGACUAAUUCAGGCCAAGCCACACCCAACCUCCCAGUUGGCUCAGGAUCACCAUCUGGGUCAGCUGGGUCCUACUCCCCCAACGGACUACCCUCCACAGCUCUCCUGUUCAAGGAUGCAGUUGAGAUAGUAGCGGAGGACCACUCUGUCCAGCCAUGGAGCUAUCUGCUGGAGAUCAUCUCAGAGACCUCCAUCGCUGACCCUGACGUCCAGAGCAAGGCUCUCAGCCUCAUCAACAAGACGCUGGCAGGAAUAUCGAGUGAGGAUGAUUUCUAUGACGUGGUCGAUUCUCUGGAGGAACAGAAACUGGAGCAGAUGAUGGAUUUCCACCAGAAGAAGAGAAGGAAUCAGGAUCUGCUCAAGGAGUUUAAAGUCUACGAGGAUAUGAUAAGUCAGGUGUACAUUGUGGAGUACGAAGACCCACCGCCUGGCACCCCGGGGAGUGGACAGAGGCGGGUCCGCCGAGUGAGGAAUCCUUCACUCCAACUCUCCAGCAGCACUGGAACUCCAAAGAGGUCAGCCAGUGCUCAUGGACCGAAGCUGUCAGUCAGCGACAUUUCGUCUCUGCUCUCAAUGGUUGGAGAUGGUUCCUCCACAGAGUCCAGUCCACGAAAGCAGCGACACAGCAGAGAUAACUCGUUUGACCAGUCGAAAUUCAACACCAUCAGUUCCAAAGACCUGGCCGACAGACUGGCACCGCUGGCCUCCUCCACACCAGGCAGCAGGAGUCCUGAGAGGAAGGGCUCUCUCCCCGGUUCCAUAGCUCGCUCUUCCAGCGCUGAACCUCCCAGCCAGACGAGGCUGAAGAAACAAGAGUCUCCACUGGCCAAAACCACAAUUAAGGAAGAGAAACCAGACACUGCCAAUGGUCUGAGCGGCAUUUCCCUCUGCUCCUCGCGGUCUCGGACUCACCGCAACUCCGGAACAUUCCGUAGCAGUCGUAAAAACUCUGAGGAGUUGUCGACCUCGCCGAGCCAGAGGAGGUCGGGGGGCGGCAUGGACAAGAGAGACAGUCUCACUGAGGAUGGAAACAUUGUCCUGGACACUUCCUCCAUUCUGGACGAGAUCAUGGCCCGGACAUUUGAGUCAGAGGACGAGAAAACUCCGUCUCCCUCGAGGCUGAGCAACGGAACUGCCUCUCCGCGCAGAGCCGGGUUGAGAGAUGAGACUCGGGCAUCGCGACAGAGAUCGUCAGCUAUUGACACGACCUCGUCCCCUGCACUCAAGUCAAAGGCGAAACAGGCCUCCCAGAAAGCAGUCCCGGAGAUGAGCAGUCUGGCUGUACCAUCCACUGAGCUACCCACGGCCAGUGAGGGAAGUGAGGUGGUCAUGAGAGCUGUGGACAGGAAGAACGAGAUUCGGCGAUCCGGUUCCAUGAGCAAAGAAGACUACCGCAGGUCAGGGGCCAACUGGGGCAAACUGAAGGGGAACAUAAAUGCCGGGAAGGCUCUCGGGAUGUUUUAUCACAACCGACGCUCUCAGUUCUUUGAGGAUACCUUCGAGGAUCAGACAAAGGGUCAGGGGCCGGAACAGAAGGAGACUAAUCCCGUCAGCCCUCUCGCAGAGACGUCUGCCGGCUUUGGAGUGAAGGCUGCGAGGACCAGCAGCAGCACUGAGGAAGAUCCUGAGGGCUCAGAGGAACCGUCUGCACUGCAACAGGCUCUGCAGAGCAAGAAAACUGGUCAGAGUCGCGUGGCGCAGCGGGCUAAGAAGAUGUACGCCAUGAUGGAGGAGGAGGUUGUCAUUGGAGACCCAACCUCUCCUCGCGUGGGGCAGCUGUCUCGCAGCCAGCUCCCCGGAGGUGCCGUGGAAGAGGAGGAGGUGAGGGAAACACAGGCAACGCCGACCGGAGAGACUCUGAUGGAGAACCACCGACCUGAACUGGAGUGGGCUUAUGCUCCUACCGACAUUCCUCUGGGGUCAGGGCUCAUCUCUCUGUAUUGCCUGUAUGUUGAGUUGAGUGUGUCUCUCUCUAGGGACCUCAAGGUGAACGGACUGGACUUCACAGACCUCACAGAUGCCGAUGAAGAAGAUUUAUUGAAAGCUCCUCCAGCUCCAGUGGUCGCUGGUGUUCCCCCUCCUCCCCCUGGUCCCCCAGGUGCUCCGCCCCCUCCUCCCGGUGCUCCACCCCCACCUCCUGCUCCGCCCGGUGCUCCGCCUCCUCCUCCUGGACCCCCACCCCCGCCCGGAGCUCCUCCCCCUCCACCCAGUCUACCCGGAGGUGUUCCUCCCCCUCCCCCUCCUCCGGGGGGGCCCAAUACUGCUUCAGCGACCCCACGAGUGAACCUCAAGAAACUCAACUGGCGACAGCAGCGUCUCCUCCCCAUGAACAUGCAGAGAUGUGGAGGAGCUAUCUGGAAAGACCUGCCCAAGGUGGAGGUCCCCAAGGAGACGUUCACCCAUCUCUUCCAGCAGAGAGAAAAAGAGUCGUCAAAGAAGAUGGACACACACGUGGAGAAGAGCAAGACGGUGGUUGUUCUGGACCAGCGGAGAGCCAACAACAUUCUCAUCGAGAUAAAGAGGUUCCCCGCAGCCCGGCACAUCAAGACCGCCGUACUCAGCAUGGACCACGCCUACUUCACACGGGAGAUGGUGGAGAAACUGCUGACAAAGCUGAUGCCGACGGACGAUGAGAGGACCCAGAUCACAGAGGCCCGAGCCUCGCAGCCAGACGUGCCUCUCGGCCCUGCCGAGGAGUUCCUCUACACUCUGACCACCAUCCCAGAGCUGAAGGCCAGACUCAGUCUGUGGAGAUUCAACUUCCAGUUCCAACAAGCUGAAGAGGAGCUGGGAGAUGCUCUGAUGGAAGUGAAGCAGGCCAUUGAGGAAGUGUACCACAGCAAGACUCUGAAACGGGUGUUGGGAACUCUCCUCUCCAUUGGAAACUUCCUCAAUGGGACGCAGUCGGAGGCAUUCAACCUGGAGUACUUAAGUCGCGUGCCUGAUGUGAAGGACACAGUCCACAGAGCUCCUCUCCUGCUCCACGUGGUGGAGCUGAUGGUACAGCAGUUCCCUGAUGGCACCGACCUCUACUCUGAGAUCUCCCACGUUCACCGCGUCAGCAAGAUGGACUGGGGAGAGCAGACGACAGGCCUGGAUAAGCUGCAGACAGACUUGACUCAGAGCUGGGAGUACCUGAGAGCCAUCGCCAAGCACGAGACCUCGACCGACACCACCUCCAUGGAGAAGAAGAUGAAGUGUGCACAGUCGCUGACAGAGGCUGCUCAGAAACUCAAAGUACUGCAGGUGGUCCAUCGGAGAGUCGUGAACAGAUAUAUCAAACUGUGUCUCUACAUGGGUAUGAACAGUUCACAGGUCGAGUCAACACGGGUUGACGCCUUUUGUCUGCUGUUGUCUAAUUUUGCUCUCGAGUAUCGGACGACCUUUGGAAAAGUCGUGGCAAAGAACGAGAGGAAGAAACAGGAGAAGGACCGCAACAAGACGAAGGGAAAAUUCAUUAAUAAGCUAAAGGACGUGGCAGGUAAGGGGGACAAGAAGUCGUCGAGGAAACAAGGGACAGAGGAAACAGACACUCCCGAGUCGGAUCUGGUGGCCCAGCUGGCCAAUGCCGUCGUCAAUGACGAGAAGAGGAGGGUUAAAGAUGGUGUCAAGGCUCGGAGGAAGGGUGGGAAAGCCAAGAAGAAGAUCAUUCGCAGGACAAUAGGCAGACCGGAGGAGCUGGCUGAAAUAGAGAAGGUAUUGGAGGCCCAGGGAAGAUGA